GGGCUUUCUGCCUAUGAUUGAGAGAUGAUGGGAAGUACCUGAUUCCUACUAGUAGAUUGUUGCCGCCCGCAGCUGAUCAGGUCGGCCCAAUGGUGCCAAUCCCCCACUUCAGCUGAGCGAAGCGUCCGCGUUUACGAGGCACGAGGAGCCACUGCCCUUUUCUUGUUUUUCCUCCUAUUUGAUCACUGGCCUUCCAGCUUUUCCUUUCUUUUCUCCUUCUCUUUCUCUUUUCCACCUACUUCGUACUUUGACUUCUAUCGCCAAAUCAUCUGGACUUUGAACGGCGUGAGUGCCCUGGUCGAACACAGGUUCUGUCGUCGCCCAGCCUCUCCCCCCGCCAUCGACGUCACAGCUCUCGACCAUUGAGACACCCCGCUUAUCCUAUACCCACCACCCUCGAUCGCGCACACACCACCUCAGAGGCAGUGAAAGCCUGGCCAAAAUCAAACCGAAGGGAUCAGGCAGACCAGACAGAGAAGCACCAUGGCUUACUCCAGUUACGGCGGCAGGCGUCAUAUUCUUACUGACUCGGAGUCUGAGUACUCCGAGUCAGACUACUCGAUGAUCGAGACGAGCCCUCGCCAACAUAUCAUGACUCGUCGGCGUUCAAUCUCCCGCCAACGCUAUGCCCCCAACUACAGCAAUGACUAUCUUCGCCCCGUGAUCCAUGAUUCCCACAUUCAUCGCUCGGCAUCCACCGGGGCCCGUCGUCGCUCCGAUCGCAGUAGCGAGCGCAACCAGCCCGUCUCCGUCUACGUCGACGUCCAGAACAAAUACGACGCUAAAGCUGAUGCUAAAACGGAUGCUAAGAGCGAUGCCAAGAAUGAUGCCCGCAACAAGAGCGCCAGCAAAAGCCGUAAGCAGGAACACAAGCAGCUGCAGAAUUAUAUCGACCCCUACGAGUCCGAGGAUGAGACCCGGCUGCGCGAUCAUCGGCGAGCUCGGACUCGCCCGAGUAGCGUUUCCCGGGAGGGGUCAGCACGGCCGCAUUCUCGUGAUUACGAGCUCGUGAUCGAUCAGCAUCUUCUUGGAAAGAGCGAUUCACGGCAGGACCUGGAGCUCCAACGCCAGCAGCAGGAGAUCACUCAUCUGGAGCAUGAACUGGCUCGGCAUAAGGAGUAUGCCCAGCACCAGCAGCUCCAACGGCAUCAGGCCCGCGAAUAUGAGCUUGCGCUCGAUCAGCGGCUACUUGAAAAGAAUGAUGUACGGCAGGACCUGGAGCUCCAGCGUCAGCAGCAGGAGAUCGCGCGUCUGGAGCGUGAGCUCGCUCGGCAUAAGGAGCACUCUCAGCACCACCAGCAACAGUUGCAGCAAGUGCAGCCGCCGCCACCACCGCCAGCGCCGGCGUCGGCGCCGCAACCACAGCCACAGCCGCAUCACCAUAAUCAUCGGGGGCAUCAUGAGCUUCGUCUUUACAGGGAAGAGGAUGAUUGGUAUGAGGAAGAGAUCAGUGACCGGCUGCGGCGGUUGGAGCGAUUCGAGAAGAAGCAGCGCCAAGAAGAAGAGCAGCGUGAGGCAGAACAUCGCUAUAAGUUGAUCAAGUUCGAAGAGGCUCAGCGUCAUGCUGCGGAGCAAGAGGAGCUCAAGCAUAAAAUACGUCAGAGGAAACUCGAAGAGCUCCAACAACAGAUGGAUGAGGAUGCGGAGCGUGAGCGCAUCAGGAAGCAGAUCCGCGACGAAGAUGCGAGAAGGAUCCUCGAAGAACAAGAUCGUGCCCGCAAGGAGGCCGCUAUGAAACAGGCUGCUAUUGAUGAGUGGAAGCUGAACGAAGAGCGGAGAAUGAUUGCCGAGCGGGAGGAAAGAAAGAGGCGUGACCACGAGUUCAGGGAGAGAUUGAAGCUCGAGUUCGGCUACGACGAACAGCAGAUCGAGAAGAUAAUCAAGAAGGAGAAGGAGCCGGAGAAGCCAAAAGAGCCUGAGAAAAAGGCGGAGCCCGAAAAACCAAAGGAGCCGGAGAAGGAGAAGGAGAAGGAGAAAGAGAAAGAGAAAGAGAAGGAAAAAGAAAAGGAACCCGAGCCCCAAAGGACCACCUGGAUCAAGGUUCAUCGCAAACAUCUCCUCCCCGAUACCUUGAUUGCUUACCGUCUGCCCUGGGAUUGGGAUGAUCUCGACGGCAACUACAUCAUUAUCAAGCAAUGGAUCUCAGAAGAUUUUCAAGAGGAGCUCUUCGCGCACACGCGGCGUCUGCGUGAGGGCAAGCUCGUCACUCAACACUCGAGCACCCUGACCGAGCUCAAGGUGAAUGACCGAAAGAAGGACAAACUGUAUCUUGUCCGCAAGAAGAAUCCCAGUUCCUCCAAGGCCUGGAUCUUCACUUAAGCCCACAACGUGAUUAUAUCGUAUACGAAGUUUGAUACCAUGAUCUGCUUGAUUUGGUUUCGUUUUGCAUAUAUCUGUUCUGCUGUGUUCUUUUCUUAUUUAUUCUGAAGACUGAUACGAUUGUCUUGUCUCAUACAACAUGUGGAUAUGUGAUUUGCCAUGCUGUCAUGAUUGAUCUUUUCUUCUCGUGAGUUGGGAUUGAACAACAGUUUUAUAUAUGAUACAAUGAUGAAUAAUGAAGAUCCGAUGCAAACCCGUAUCCGAA